AGACCCACCUGGAUAAAGCCUUGAACAACCUGGCCUGGCCUCACAGCUGAGCCUGGUUUGAGCAAAUGGUUUAAGUAGAGACCUCCUGAGGUCCCUUCCAGCCUGAAAUAGCUCAUCCUCUGAUUCCACGACUGUCUAUUCGACUUUAGGUUUUGUUUGAGAUUUGCUUCUGCUAUGUAAUUUGCAUGUCUAAAAUGUUACAUGCUCAGUCUGUCCAGAAAGCUAUCACACAUUCAGCUAGCACUUACUGUGCAUGUGUAUUGUGUGUCUGUGUGUGGUUUCUGUGUUCCGUUUUAAAAAUCUGGGCCUCUACCAAGCUCAUAUUUUAUAAAUAAUCAUGUUGCAAGUGUUAUUUGCAUCUCUGUGCUUAUUACUGUUUCCUUUUCCUGUGCUAAUUUCUCGCGUAAACUUGCCACACAACUGAUACGCUUUUUUGUUUCUACAGAGGGAGAAUAUAUCAAGAUGUUCAUGCGGGGUCGACCAAUCACAAUGUUCAUUCCUUCUGAUGUAGAAAACUAUGAUGAUAUCAGGACAGAACUGCCUCCUGAAAAGUUAAAACUGGAGUGGGUAUAUGGGUAUCGUGGGAGAGACUGUCGAGCCAAUGUUUACCUCCUUCCUACCGGAGAAAUAGUGUAUUUCAUAGCAUCAGUGGUGGUACUAUUUAACUAUGAUGAGAGAACUCAGCGACACUACUUGGGUCACACAGACUGCGUUAAAUGUCUUGCAGUUCAUCCAGACAAAAUUAAAAUUGCAACAGGACAGUUAGCUGGAGUGGAUAAAGAUGGAAGGCCUUUGCAGCCCCAUGUCAGGGUGUGGGACUCGGUGAGCCUGGCGACGCUGCAGGUCAUCGGCCUCAGGACUUUUGAGCGCGGCGUGGGCUGCUUGGAUUUUUCCAAAGCGGAUUCUGGUACUCAUCUGUGUGUGAUUGAUGACUCUAAUGAGCAUAUGCUCACGGUGUGGGAUUGGCAAAAGAAAUCAAAAGUAGCAGAAAUAAAGACUACAAAUGAAGUUGUACUUGCUGUAGAAUUCCACCCGACUGAUGCAAAUACCAUAAUAACAUGUGGCAAAUCUCAUAUAUUUUUUUGGACAUGGAGUGGCAAUUCAUUAGCAAGAAAACAAGGGAUAUUUGGGAAAUAUGAAAAACCCAAAUUUGUUCAAUGUUUGGCUUUUUUGGGAAAUGGUGAUGUGCUCACUGGAGACUCAGGUGGGAUAAUACUUAUAUGGGGCAAAACUACUGUAGAAUCUACUCCAGGAAAAGGACCUAAAGGAGUAUAUCAGAUAAGCAGACAAAUCAAAGCCCAUGAUGGCAGUGUGUUCACACUCUGUCAGUUGAGGAAUGGGAUGCUGCUAACUGGAGGUGGGAAAGACCGCAAGAUCAUCCUGUGGGAUCAUGAUCUGAAUCCCGAAAGGGAAAUUGAGGUUCCUGAUCAGUAUGGAACAAUCAGGGCAGUAGCAGAAGGAAAAGCAGAUCAGUUUUUAGUGGGUACUUCACGCAACUUUGUUUUGCGGGCAACGUUUAACGAUGGCUUCCUGGUAGAAGUACAGGGGCAUACAGAUGAGCUCUGGGGACUGGCAUCCCAUCCUUUCAAAGAUUUAUUUUUAACAUGUGCUAAAGAUAGGCAAGUUUGUUUGUGGAAUUCUGUGGACCACACACUGGAAUGGACCAGGCUGCUAGAUGAACCUGGGCACUGCGCUGACUUCCACCCAAGCGGGACAGUGGUAGCAAUCGGAACACACUCUGGAAGGUGGUUUGUUUUGGAUGCAGAAACGAGGGAUCUGGUUUCAAUACACACUGAUGGCAAUGAGCAGCUCUCAGUGAUGCGCUACUCAGUAGAUGGCACCUUGCUUGCCGUUGGAUCCCAUGACAACUUGAUUUACCUCUACGUAGUAACAGAAAAUGGAAGAAAAUAUAGCAGAUAUGGAAAAUGCAGUGGACAUUCCAGCUAUAUUACACACCUUGACUGGUCCCCAGACAACAAGUAUAUAAUGUCAAACUCAGGAGACUAUGAAAUAUUACACUGGGACAUUCCAAGUGGCUGUAAGCAAGUCAGGAAUCGUUCUGACUGUAAGGAUAUAGAUUGGACGACAUACACUUGUGUGCUAGGCUUUCAAGUGUUUGGAGUUUGGCCUGAAGGAUCAGAUGGGACAGACAUAAAUGCCCUUGUCAGAUCCCAUAAUCGAAAAGUGAUAGCAGUUGCUGAUGAUUUUUGUAAAGUCCAUCUCUUUCAGUAUCCCUGUUCCAAGCCAAAGGCCCCAAGUCACAAAUACAGCGCUCACAGUAGUCAUGUGACAAAUGUCAGCUUUACCUAUAAUGAUGGUCACUUGAUUUCAACUGGAGGGAAAGACAUGAGUAUUAUUCAAUGGAAACUUGUGGAGAAGGUAACUCUGCCACAAAAUGACAUUGUAGUAGAAACUAUGAAGAACCAUCCAACGAGACGAGUGAGGAGCACAGUGAAUCCACUCGGGUCCAGAGCCCUUAGUGGCUGGUUCUGUGCAUUCCUGGCGCUGGAGAGCACCGCGUCUGUGAGCAGCACACGGCGACGUGCGCAGAUGCUCUGCGGACGGGAGCGCGUCCUGGCUCGGGUUCAUGGCUGCUGGAGACGCCCCGGUCAGCGCACUGCACCGCUAACCAGCUACCAGCUUCCUCGUCUUGUGGUGUAG